AUGUCUUCACUGCGCCCAGAGCUCCCCGAAGACGAAUCUCUCUUCGGGUCACCGGUCCCAGAAUCAACUCUAGAGCUCCCCGAACAUGAAACUCUCUUCGGAUCGCCGGUCCCGAAACCAUCUCUAAUACUCCCACAGUGCAACGAAAUCACGUCAGAGGAAUCUAUCGAUUUGACGGCAAAUUUAUGCCCCCCUAUUGGCAGCACACCGGUUAAUAGAGAGAAGCUCAAAAUCCCUUCAAGACCACCCAAGUCACGAAAGAGCUCGCAGUCAAUUACGGCUACCCCUACUUUCAAGUUCGAGGAUCUGAGUCUCGACAAGCAAAUGUUGGUCGUGUCACAACUGAAGCGGUUCAUCAAAGAAGAACAGGAGAGAAGGGACAAGAAAAGACAGGAGACGCAACAGUCCAGCACCGAUGCAUACGUGGCUUAUCAAAAAGCUUGUUGGGAGAAGGCCAAGCUGAGAGCUGAAGCCAAGAGUAUGACAGCUAGGAAGACGAAUGGUCCCUUACCUGGCUCACAACCGCAGAUCCCAGGCCAGCUCAACAUGCCUCAGGAUUCGAUCGUUCCACCAGCGACCACCAACAAUAAUGAAGGUCGUGGUGCCGUCGGAGCAUUUGACUGGUUCGAAGGCCUGGAACCUUCCAAGGUUCCAAAGGUUCAGUACUAG